AUGAUAAGCGGAACUUGUGACAGCUACCCUAAUACACAAAAUUCAUAGACAGGUCCACACCUGAUACACGUUCACGCGCGACAUGGCAACAAAAGAGAAAGAACCUUUGAACAAACAAAAAGAACAACCAAAAAAGGAAACGCUUAGAGAGAAAAUAGCACAUAUCAAAAAUAGUAUAACAGUCGAACCUGUUUUAAUUACUUAUGUCGUGCCAGGGGUCCUAGCGAGAUUGGCAACUCAAAAUUUAAAUCUCGAUAAAGCUUGUCGAGUUAAUUUACAAUAUGGUGAUAAAGUGUGCGAUGCUCUGAUUGCAAAAGAGGGAACGUUGUACCAGCAAGAAGAAUUGGCUAUACAGGAACUUAUCGCUCCAAUGGAAGCGUGGAAGAAUUUUAUUUUAACUGCGAUACCGAGUCUAUUGAUUCUGUUUAUAGGAGCGUGGAGUGACAGGACUGGACGUCGAAAGAUAUGUAUCCUACUGCCAAUAGUCGGAGAAUUAUUGAUGUGUUUAAGUAACAUACUUAACGUGUACUACUUUUACGAAAUACCAGUGCAAGUUACUAUGUUUUUAGAGGCAAUCUUUCCGGCAAUAACUGGUAGUUGGACUUCAAUUUAUAUGGGAGCUUUCAGCUAUAUCAGUGAAUUAUCUAGUGAGGAAACCAGAACAUUUAGAGUGGGGAUAGGAAAUCUAUGCCUAACGGCCGGUAAACCAAUUGGAACAGCCCUUAGUGGUAUAUUGUUGAAAAAAACUGGAUAUUAUGGAGUGUUCGCGAUAAGUUCAUUUUUAUUUAUCUGCAGUAUUUUUCAUUGUUUAUUUUACAUCCAAGAGCCAGAACGACCAAAAACUGACAAAAAUAAGGAUAAAAUCGAUAUUUGUGGAUUUCUAAAGUCGUUUUUUGAUCCGAAACAUAUCAAAGAUACUCUGACUGUGGCAUUCAAAUCAGGACCUAAUCAACGCAGAACAAAAUCUAUUUUAGUUUUGUCUUGUCUUGCUAUCGUACACAUUCCGAUAUCUGGCGAGUUCACGGUGCGGUAUCUCUUCACUCGCUACCGCUUCAACUGGGACGCUCUCAAAUACAGCUUUUACAAUACUUUCUGCAUCUGCAUACACGCGUUCGGUGCUUUGAUCUCAAUCGGUAUAUUUAGUCGUAAAUGGAAAUGGGGAGAUGCAACACUGGGUCUCAUCUCAAGUUGCAGCAAAAUCAUGGGCGGCUUAGCAACAGGUCUUUCUAGGAACUCUUUAGAGAUGUACAUUGCCGUCGUGAUAGAAAUGUUUAACGCAACUUCGUUCACUGCCUUGAGAUCCAUAUCAUCGAAACUUGUUUCUACAGAUGAACUAGGAAAAAUGUCUUCAGUGUUCAAUUUAACGGAGGUAUUAACAUCAAUGGUAUUUGGACCAGUUUAUUCGUGGAUUUACAUGGUGUCACUAAAAAUUGAUUCCGGGAUUAUUUAUUACUGUAGUACUGUACUGACUGUACCACCGAUUCUUAUAUUUGUAUGGUUCUAUAUCCAAAACAGAAAGGAGAUUCUUGAAAAAAAUACAAAAAAGAUCGGAAAAGAUGGACAAGAAGAACCUAAAAAUGAAGAAUCCAAACCUAAAGAAGAUUGUUUGAUUAACAGUAUUGAUUUGAACGACGGACUGUAUUUUGUUGAAUAAAGUUAUUUUAAUUAUUA